AAUAUGACAAUACUUUCGUUUUUGUCGUCGUUAGAAGCAGAUAUUUCUGUACCCUCGCUGUUGUCCACCGUGGCCGUCGUCUCGGCCACUGCCACAACCUUGUUCUUAAUCUGCAAGUCUCGCCAACCUAAAAGCAAUUCAACUGCCAAGAUUCUAUUUGUUUCCCAAAUCGGAACCUCAAAAGCCCUAGCUUCGUGCCUCUGCAAUUUGUUCGAGUCGUUCGGCGUCGUUACGGAGCUCGUAGAUGCCAGGGACUACGUGCCCGAAGCCCUACCCAAGGAGAACCUUGUCGUCCUCGUUGCUUCAACCUCGGAAGUUUGGAACCAAUUGCUCGGACAAGAUUUCAUCUUAACUGACAACCGUUCUCGCGGAGCACGGAUGUUCGCCCGUUCGAUCGUCAAGUACGCGAAGGGCUGUAAGUUUGGAUCGUUAGUUGUGAAUGCUUACGGUUUCAGUGCGUUUGUCGCCGGCAAAGGGGCUUCUGAAGAUGACACGAAUUUGAUGGCUAAGGCUGCCAAUCAUAUUAGGGAUUUGGGGGACACUAUUGAAUUGAACGCGGAUUUUGAGAGCUGGUGGGGAAGUGUUGUUGGGGUUUUGCAAGGUGCUGUUUCGGGAGGUGCUGCUGACGCCAUGUGCGGGGAAUCUGAUCCUGAGGAUGUUGGUUCUUCUGAUCCAAAGCUAUCCAUGACGCAGAGCUUAUACCUGUUUGUGGAAAAUACAGAUCUUGAUUUAGAGUAUGUUGGGAUAACAACCAUCACGCGCAGGAUGUUAACUAUAACUGAGGCCAACUUUAUUAAGAAUGGCACUGUUGAUCUUGAAGAUGGAGGUCAUGUAACUGCCGAAUGGCCUGUUAGAGAUGGUCUAUUGGUCGAUUAUCCAUUACCAGAUGGUCAAGGAUUUUGUUCUGUCGGUCACAGCUUCUUCUUUGCUGGUGGUAACCUGUGUGUUGUUGACCCAAAAUUGUGUUUGGAUUUGGAUGAAUAUUACCCCUCAAGGAUGUGUUGCCUCAAGUACGAGGGUUCUAAUUGGAGUUGGAAGUUUUGUGGAAGCAUGUUCUGCGACCGAUUUAGACCCUUAGUAGUCCCCUAUGAUGGCAAGUUGUACAUCUUUGGGGGUGGUGGAGAUGCAAAUUGCUGGGUUGAUAUUUACUGCCUAAAAUCAGGUCUAUGGGAAACAAGGGAAAGGGAAGUGUCAUAUUGCAUGGGCCAUUACACUUACUUUCUGUGGGAGGACAGCACCAAGCCUCACAAGAAGACGCACAUUGUAUUGUAUGCUCGUCGUGGUGAACAUCAAGGUCUUUUGUCAUAUGACGUCAAGGCUAACAAUUGGGAAUACCUUGAUUGGAAUUUUCCGCCAGUUCCUAGAUUAUGUCCAAGGAGACUUGUUCGUUUGGGAUGCAGUCAUUAUCUUCUGAUUGUUGACUUCGCUCCAAUGUGGCAUAUUUAUGAUUUAUCUAAGAUGAAGGUUGUGGAAACGGUGGAGGUGCAUGGUUUGAAAAAGACCGCAGAAGUAACGAGUAUUUUUUGUUGCCACAACACUAGCGAUGAAAGUUUGAUUUAUAUGUUCAUGAAACCUGAAAAUGCUUUCGAGGGAGAGCGAUCUACUAGCUAUGAUUCUGGGGUUGUUUCUUAUGCCAGAGUGAAGCUCGAACUCAAAACUUUCUCUGCCAAGAUUGAAUCCAAGAGUAAUCUUAACGUUGGUAAUUUGGUAAAACUUUAUAUGUUUGCUGUUGGAGAUGAAGACCAAUAAUUGUUUAACAACAGCAGUAUAAGAUCUCGAAUCUGUGAAGCAUUACUGUUCCUGCACAAGAAUUUGAUGACAAAAUAAAAGUUAUGUUGACAAGUGAAGUGUUAAUUGGAGCCAAGUGUCAAGCAAUUUCCGAUAAGCAAGUAGAGUGCAAAAGCAACUCUCAUAACUAUGAAUGCAACCAGGAAUGCAUAGACAAACAUGGUUUCAAGGCCUAUGGAGAUUGCUAUAAUAAUUCCCUUUGUGUAUGCACCUUCAAUUGUCCCUCUAAUAAUUAGUUUGUAGAAUUUUCAUAUACCACUACAUAUUAUUAGAAUUAUUUUGUAAUAAUAACGAGAGUGGUUAAAAACUCUGAAAGUAGCACUAUACAUGAAGGUUAUAGG